CUUUCACUGUUUCUCUUGUCUUCGAUCUUGAGAUUCUCAAAUCCAUAGCUCGUUCGGGAAAAUGAAGGCAGUGAUAGGCACAGUGGUGUCGAACAAAAUGCAGAAGUCGGUGGUGGUCGCCGUCGACAGACUUUUCCAUAACAAGCUCUACAAUCGCUAUGUCAAACGUACUUCCAAGUUCAUGGCUCACGAUGAAAAGGACUCCUGUAACAUCGGCGAUCGAGUGAAAUUGGAUCCGUCAAGGCCUUUGAGCAAGCAUAAGCAUUGGAUUGUUUCAGAGAUCAUAAAGAAAGCACGCAUUUACUCUCCACUGGCUGCUGCUGCUGCUCUCAAUUCCUCCUCCUCCAUUGCUGAGCAGUCUCCUGUUUCGUCUUCCUAAGGCGCAAACUCACCAGGGUCGGAAACAUGUGUUUCGCAGACGGUAGCAUCAUCAUAAACAGAGAAUGUGGCAAUUGAGAACAUAAUCCAUCAAGCUGUAGUGUAGUGCUUUUACUAGGUGAUGUUGAUCAGAUUUUCAAAUCCUGAUUACUUGUAUGAUUGAUGAAUAAUCCUGAUUGGUAACAGAUGAUCUAUUGAAAGUUUAUAGAGAUUGUGUUGGUCAAAUC